AUGGAACCAGGAAAUGUUACACAAAUUUCAGAAUUUCUCCUUUGGGGAUUUUCAGAAGACCCAGAAUUACAACCCUUCCUCUUUGGGCUGUUUCUGUCCAUGUACCUAGUCACCGUCUUUGGGAACCUGCUCAUCAUCCUGGCCACCAUCACUGACUCCCACCUCCACACGCCCAUGUACUUCUUCCUUUCCAACCUGUCUUUUUCUGAUAUCUGUUUAUCCUCCACCACUGUCCCAAAGAUGCUUGUGAACAUCCAGAUGCAGAGGAGGGUCAUAACCUAUGCAGGCUGCCUCACCCAGAUGUACUUUUUCUUACUCUUUGGAGGGUUGGACAACUUCCUUCUGACUGUGAUGGCCUAUGACCGCUUCAUGGCCAUCUGUCACCCUCUGCAUUACACAGUCAUCAUGAACCCACAGCUCUGUGUCCUGCUGGUUCUGUUGUCCUGGACUGUGAGUGCCCUGCAUUCCUUAUUACACAGCUUAAUGGUGUUACACCUGUCCUUUUGUACACAUUUGGAGAUCCCUCACUUUUUCUGUGACCUUGAUCAGAUCAUCCAACUUGCCUGUACUGACACCUUCCUCAAUGACAUAGUGACAUAUUUUGCAGCUGGGCUGCUGGGUUUUGGUCCCUUCACUGGAAUAAUUUAUUCUUAUUCCAAGAUUUUUUCUUCUGUGCAUGUAAUCUCAUCAGUUCAGGGGAAGUAUAAAGCAUUUUCCACCUGUGUGUCUCACCUCUCUGUUGUCUUCUUAUUUUAUUGUACCAUCCUCGGAGUGUAUCUUAGUUCUACUGCAUCACCAAAUGCACAUGCAAAUGCAACUGCCUCCGUGAUGUACACCAUGAUCACGCCCAUGCUGAACCCCUUCAUCUACAGUUUGAGGAAUAAAGAAAUGAAAGGGGCUCUGAAAAAAGUCUUGGGAGGGAAGAUAUGA